AUGAAUGGCACUGAUAGACUCAUUAAAAUGAAAAUUGAUUACUCAUCUGUUGUCGGUCAAAAACUUAAAGAAUGUGAUGAACUAAUGAAAGAUGAAACUAAACUAAACGAAGUUCUCGAUCGAUUAUUACCACUUGAAAAACAAACCCGUACUGCAGCUGAUGCUAUUUCAACAGGACGUAUUCUUGUUGCUAUUGUAAAAUAUUGUUAUGUAGCAAAACAAUGGGAAUAUAUGAAUGAACAUAUUGUAACAUUUUCAAAACGUCGUAGCAAAUUAAAACAAGCUAUUACAAAAAUGAUGCAGGAAGCGUAUGAACUUGUUGAUAAAACACCCGAUUUAGAUACGAAACUUAAAUUAAUUGAAACACUUCGUACUGUUACAACAGACAAAGUAAGAAUGAUUAUUGAAGAAGGAAAAACUACAUCCUUAUUUUUAAUUAAUUAUUUGAAGUUUUUUGUUGAAAAUGAACUUGCACGAGAAACGAAAAAUUUGGCUGAUAUUUAUGAAAGUCAAGAUAAAAUAAAAGAAGCAGCAGAAAUUUUACAACAACUUCAAGUCGAAUCUUGUGGUACAAUAGAUCAUCGUGAAAAACUUGAAUUUUUACUUGAACAAAUGCGUUUGUUUAGCUAA